UUCUUUGUUUUUGUUUGUGUGUUACUAAAUGGAAUCAUCGUCGUCGGGAACAACUUCGUCGACGAUUCAAACGUCGUCAGGUUUGGAGGAGAGUCUCAUGGAGCAGAGGAAACGUAAACGGAUGCUCUCAAACCGUGAAUCUGCAAGGAGAUCGAGGAUGAAGAAACAAAAGCUCCUCGACGAUCUAACGGCUCAGGUUAAUCAUCUGAAAAAAGAGAACACCAAGAUCGUGACAAGUGUCAGCAUCACAACGCAACACUACCUAACCGUUGAAGCAGAGAACUCUGUUCUCAGAGCUCAGCUCGAUGAACUUAACCACAGGCUCCAAUCUCUCAACGACAUCAUCGAGUUCCUCGACAGUAACAACAACAACAUGGGCAUGUGUUCGAACCCUCUGGUUGGUUUGGAGUGUGAUGAUUUCUUUGUGAAUCAGAUGAACAUGUCGUACAUGAUGAACCAGCCUCUCAUGGCGUCUUCUGAUGCUUUAAUGUAUUAAAUGUGGACCUGAAAAAACCCUCGAAAUCACA